UUCCUACGCAGGCUGGAGGACUGGAGUUGAAUGAUUUGCAAGAGGAGCCUUUGGCACUCCAGAGGAAUCUGAGAGAGACACGUGCCUGCCACACACAGCAGCCCAGAAAUGAGCGAGAACCCAACCACCAACCUCAACACUGGAGAUACUCCAACUGGUCCCACCACACCACGCAAGGGGCCUCCCAAGUUCAAGCAGAGACAGACAAGGCAGUUCAAGAGCAAGCCCCCUAAGAAAGGAGUAAAAGGGUUUGGAGAUGACAUCCCAGGCAUGGAGGGACUGGGCACAGAUAUCACAGUGAUUUGCCCAUGGGAAGCUUUCAGCCAUCUGGAACUGCACGAGCUGGCCCAGUUUGGGAUUAUCUAAGGUGCCAGCAUCUCUAAUGGUGUCACCUGGUGACUCCACCAAUCCCAGUAUGGUCUUCAUCACCUUUGAAACUUAUUUUUGGCCCUUACAUCCACUUACUCAUGGGCACAGGGUUUUGUAAGAGCU